AUGUUUGGCGCUCGCGGCCUAUCAAGGGCUGCCGUCAAAGGCAAUAUAAGGAGCAUUCCCUCAGUGAAGCACAUCUCCCCAGCUCGAUCGUUAUCGUCCAUUGCCUCUCGUCCUGUUCUCGCUUCUAGCCCCGGAGCUCGACUACGCUUGAAGGCCAGUUCAUUUUUACCUCCGGCCUCUGUGUCUGGUCUUUCAUACGCCCGAUUCAAUUCAACGUCCUCCGCGGCCAGCGGGACACCGGAAGCUACUGAAAAUGUCCUUCCGGAGUUCGAAGACCUCAUCCCCAAAAUCGAAGACAUCCCCGAACGCAUUGGGUACUUGAAAGAACUCGGCCUCGACUUUGGCUGGGGCCCGUCAGCAUUUAUGGAAUGGACAAUCGAACAUCUUCACAUUCUCAGCGGUAUGCCCUGGUGGGCCAGUAUCGUCGUUGCCGGUGUAUUAACGCGGCUGGCUCUGUUCAAGCCGUCGCUCAUGGCAGCCGACAAUGCAGCCAAAACCGCGCCUGUCAGAGAUCAAAUGUUAAUCUUGAGGAAGCAAAGGCUCAACUUCAUGUCCCAAGGGAAGCAAUUGGAAGCGGCAAAGGCUAAAGUGGAGAUGGAUGAUCUUUACAAGAACAACGGCAUUGCCAUGUGGAAGAGCUUUAUGCCAUUGCUGCAAGUGCCUCUUGGAUUUGGAACUUUCCGUGUUGUGCGAGGAAUGAGUUUACUUCCGGUGCCGGCGCUUGCGACUGAAGAAUUUGCUUGGAUUCAUGAUCUUACGAGUUACGAUCCCUUAUACGUGAUGCCUGCGUUAACAACGGCAUUCAUGUAUAUGGCUCUUCGGAAAGGGACAUCUGGCGGAGCAAACGAUUUACAAGCGACUUCCCUCGGCAGGUCUUUCACCAUGGGACUGCCGGCUAUAUCGUUAUUGUUUAUAAUGUGGCAACCAGCUGCUUUGCAGUUGUAUUUUGCUACCAGCGGUUUCUUUGCGCUAGUCCAGGCGUAUCUGCUCAACACGCCUAGCACACGCUCAUGGCUUGGUGUAGCUCCGAUCAAGAAGGUACAGCCAACAGCAGAUGCUCUAGCUGCAUCAGGCAUCCGAAUGAUUAGCAAAGAAGAACUUAUUGCCCAACUCCGAAAACAGCAACAGGAACAGACAGGUGGAACAACAUCAUCAUCCGAGAUUUCGGCAUCGUCCACGAAGCCCGAAAACAUCAGCAUUAUCGACAAGAUGGUGAACAACGCCAAGAAGGAAUUCUCCAGCAUGAAAAAGGAAAUGAACAACAAAGUAGAAGAAUUUACAGGCAACAACUCCGCCAACCCCGACGGGACUCCACGUGCAAAACCCCGUUUGACCGAAGCAGAGCAAGCUGAUGCAAACUCCUACAAGUCGGUGCGAGAAAUCGAUGACGCGCGUAUCAUGGCCGAGGACAACCGCAGACGCGUGGAAGAAUAUUCAAGAUACGAGGCCGAGCAGCGCCAGACCGUUAAUUCAUGGCAAGAUAUAAGGAGGAAAGCAAAGGAGGCGGCGGCAGCAGCAACAGCGAAUUCCUCAGGAUCAUCAAAAUCGAGGACGAAAUCAAAGGGGAGGAAGUAG